AUGGAGAAUGCCGAGGGUGCUCCUCAAACUGGCACAGUGCCACUGAGAUUUUGUCCAAAUAGUAACGAUCUGCUUUACCCGAAAGAAGAUCGGCAAAACAAGAGAUUGGUAUACUUUUGUCGUAACUGCGACUUCACGGCCGCUGCGAGUGAUAGCUGCGUGCAUAGACGAACUAUCUCCCACUCAGCCUCCGAGAUUACCGCAGUGUUGCACGACGUAAGGACAGAUCCAACCCUGCCACACUCGAAGGACGUCCAGUGCGCACUGUGUGAUACAAAGGAGGCGGUAUUUUUCUCACAGACCACUACAGAAGGAAUGUCUUUGUUUUUUCAAUGUAUAUCGUGUGGACAUAAAUGGAAAGACACGGGCUCAGUUGCGUGA